CUGAUGCCCAUAAUGAAGAACUGGGAUUCAGAUCUAGGCUCAGAAGGGGAGAGAAAAAAAACUCUAAAAGCCGCAAAGCCAGACACAAGGGUUUGUGCCUACAUCCCCCCACCCGCACACCAAGGGCGUCUGGGAAACAGAAUCCUUUCUCUCUCCACCCCCCUCAAGCCAAAACAGAAAUGGAGAAAGGAUUGCUUAUUGGAGACAGAAAAAGCUGUGCAAGCUAUGGAAGUGACUGCCUCGUCUCUGUGAGGACUCCAGAAGGUGCAUCUGGCCCAUGUUCUGCCUACGAAGGAGCCUCUGCACCCCCUUUUGAGCUAUUGGGCAAUAGCUCUAGAGAGGAAAACAAAAUAAUGAAUGGAGGCAAAUCUGGUCAUGCCGAACAGUUGCCCCAGGAGGAAAAUGAAGAAUUUGGUCCACACCAGAGGGACUUGAACACCCUCUACGUUUCUGAGCAGGAUGUUAAAGAAGCUCUUCUGCAACAUGUAUCCAGCAAGCAUUUCUAUAGGUCCAGCCCCGCAAAGCAUAUGAAAGUCCAGAAUAUUAUCCCUCUCAAUACAUACAGAUAUCAUCUGGAGACCUUCACUGAACAUCGACAGACACACCAGGCCAGUGAACUUUAUGAUGGUGGAUUCAUAGACUCUUAUGAUGUUGCGCCCCCUCCUGCCCCUUGGGAUAUAGUAGUGGAUCCUCCUCCGUUGUUCACAGACUGUGAAAUGCAUAUCCCAAUACCACAUACAUAUUCAGUGGAGAACUGCCCAGACUGCAAAGGACGUGGUUCAAUUAUAUGCCCAUCAUGUAGAGGAGCUGGCAAGAAAACAUGUUCUUCUUGUAAUGGAAGUGGAACCACUUGGGAAGAUGGCUUCCAGAUUUGCACAUUCUGUGGAGGUUCAGGAAAGGUUAGUUGUUUCAAGUGUCGUAGCAGCGGAAAACUGAAGUGCCAUCGUUGCAAUGGGAGUGGCGUCUUGCUGUUUCAUACUGAACUAACAAUAAUUUGGAAGAACAACAUAUCAGAACAUGUAGUAGACAAGAACUCAGGCUUCCCAAUUUACCGUUUGCAGGAAGUGACUGGGAAAGAAAUAUUUUCUGAUGAGAAUUCUUUGGUAUACCCCAUCAUUAAUUUUCCUGAACCAUCUAUUAGUGAGGGUUCACGAGCAUGCAUUGAACAACACAGAAUACAAUUUGCAUCGGAAAGUUGCAUCUUAAUACAGAAACAAGCUAUUGAGGUGGUACCUGUGUCAAAGGUGGAAUAUGAAUGGAAAGGGAAGCUCCAUUCCUUCUAUGUGUAUGGCAAUGAGAAGAAAGUGUAUGCCGAAGACUACCCAGGAAAGUUCUGCUCAGUCAUGUGAUACAAAGACAGAGUCUACAGGUUCAGCUGCUAACUAGUACAGCUACUCCCAGUUGUUUUCUCUUUGUAGUCACUUGCAGGAUUUUACUGUCAAAGGCUCAGAAUUCUCAGGAUGACAUUCAUGGGUUGAUUCAUAGGAAUAUGUGGAUGAGAGUGGUUCUGUCUUGCAGAUGCUAUUCAUGCAGAUGAUAGACAUCAGCAGUGCUUUUCAGUUAGGGAGAUGAAGGAAGCAGUUUGCUGUAAUGCACAAUGAGACUCUACUAGCAAAAAAACAGGCAAUUUUGUCACUGUACGGCAAAAAAAGCAACAGUAUCAUUGGGACCAAAUUGAAUAUCAGAAAGCAAGAAACAAGACUGAAUUCUCCAGAAGUCUUCAUCAAGUAAGAUUUUCAGUACCGCAACAGGGACAGGGUAAGAGAGAGUAAAAUGAUCUUUUACAGCAUAAUGGAAAGAACCCAAAUCCACCACUUGUAGAUACUUAAGAUGGGAUAUGGGUUGUGCUACAGGUUUUAUUAAAUCAGAUGGUGCUGGCUGUAAAACAGGUGGCAUGUUAUAUGAUGGAAGUUUCAAGGAGUUGGAUUUUGGUUUCAGUAAGAUUUCACUGGGACAUAUUAAGAGAAGUAAAAGCUACUAACAAAUUCCCUAUUAAAGCAGUUUGGACCAGGGUUCAUACAACAUCAUCUUGUACAAAUCUUUGCUGUGGUUGACAUUACUCUUUGGUUUUAAAAAAAGUGUUUAAAAAUUAAAGCUCACUUCUUUCUCAAAAA